GCCAACGGCCACACGUCGGACACGUCCUCAGUUCCUCACGGCGGCGGCGCGGCACUCGUUCUGCGGUCAGGGCGCGGCCUAGGCGAUAAGCCCCGCACACCGCCCGCGCGCACGACGCGGCACCGGCCGUACCGGGAUGGGCAUCGUCGUGAGAGCGUGCGCGCCUCCAGCUCCCGCAGCGGCGGCUCCCUCCGGCUCCAGGGAGGCUGCCCAAGCCCAGCGGAGGAGCAGGCAGUCGAGGACCGCCCGCGUGCUCGUGCUAGGCGGCACCGGACGCGUCGGGGGAUCCACGGCCACCGCGAUAUCCAAGCUCCGCCCCGACCUCGGCAUCCUCGUCGGAGGCAGGAACCGGGAGAAAGGCGAGUCCGUUGCAGCUAAGCUUGGGAGCCAGUCUGAGUUCGUCCAGGUCGACACCCGCGACGCAGGCAUGCUGGAGGAAGCGCUGCAGGGUGUGGAUUUGGUUGUCCAUACUGCUGGCCCUUUCCAGAGGGCGGAGGAGUGCACCGUGUUGCAGGCGGCGAUAUCUACUAAGACACCAUAUAUUGAUGUCUGCGAUGACACGGACUAUUCUUGGAGAGCAAAAGGCUUCCAUGAGCAAGCAAAAGCUGCUGGUGUUCCAGCUAUUACUACUGCUGGCAUAUAUCCAGGAGUUAGCAAUGUGAUGGCUGCUGAGCUUGUGCAUGCUGCCAGAAGUGAAAAUGGCGAACCUGAAAGACUAAGAUUCUUCUACUAUACUGCAGGUACUGGUGGUGCUGGUCCAACAAUAUUGGCAACAAGUUUUCUGCUUCUUGGGGAGGAUGUAAUUGCAUAUAACAAGGGAGAAGAAAUCAAAUUGAAGCCCUAUAGUGGAGCUCUGAACAUUGAUUUCGGAAAGGGGGUCAGAAAGAAAAAUGUCUACUUAUUGAAUUUGCCUGAAGUGAAGAGUGCUUUUAAGAUAUUAGGUGUGCCAACUGUUAGUGCUCGAUUUGGUACUGCUCCUUUCUUCUGGAAUUGGGGAAUGCAGGCUUUCGCAAACUUUUUACCUGUUGAGUUUUUGAGGGAUAGAAAUAAGGUUCAGAAGUUGGUUCAGUCUGUUGAUCCUUUGGUUCGAGCCGUUGAUGGUAUUGCAGGAGAGCGUGUCUCUAUGAGAGUAGACUUGGACUGUUCAAAUGGCCGGAAUACUAUUGGAUUAUUUACUCAUAAAAAGCUAUCUGUGUCGGUGGGCUAUGCAACAGCUGCAUUUGCUUUAGCCGUUCUUGAGGGCAACACACAACCAGGAGUUUGGUUUCCAGAAGAGCCAGAGGGAAUACCGAUGGAAGCAAGGAAGCUGCUUCUUGAGCGUGCAUCUCAAGGAACAAGUACCUUCGUGAUGAACAAGCCUUCCUGGAUGGUAGAAACUGACCCAAAGGAAGUCGGUCUAGGAAUUUAUGUUUGAGAAGGUUGAAUUACUCAAAUUCUUGGGUGCUUGACAAAGGCAACUAAAGCUUGGGGAGUAAUUUUUCCGACUGAGAGAAGUUGAAUGCGACAGCCAUCGGCGUGUUGAAGCCUCCAAUCCCCAGAUUGAUCGUGAUGUUCUGUAUGAUUGGUUGGGCUAUUUUAUUUUUGAAAGGGUUAUAUAUGAACCAUGGAGGUUAUGAAGAAAAAGAAUACAGGUCAAUAGCACAAAUUUGUUCAUCACACAAAGCUUGUAACUUUUUUAAAUGUAUUCAGACUCCAUGCUUAAUAGGUAAUACACAUCCAAAGUUUUAAGAUGGUUGACUUAAGACAA